AUGGCAUUAAUGAAGUGCUCUUUCAGAUGGCUUAAACAGUUUGUAAUGGGUCCUUGGUCACUUGUAAUUAUUCUCUUUUCUAUACAACAAGUUUAUGGGGGCGGAAAGAAGUACUCUGGUCCUUGUGGAGGACGAGAUUGUUCAGUCUGCCAGUGUUUUCCUGAAAAAGGAUCUCGGGGCCAACCUGGACAUCAAGGACCCCAAGGUCCUAUUGGAGAUCUGGGACCUCCUGGGCCCAUUGGAUUACCUGGAGAGAAAGGAAUGAAAGGUGACAGUGGACCUCCUGGACCAGUAGGAGAUAAAGGCGAUAAGGGCCCAACCGGAGUACCUGGCUUCCCAGGUUUGGAUGGCAUACCUGGCUAUCCUGGACCUCCAGGGUCUAGAGGCAAACCUGGCAUCGAUGGCCGCAAUGGUUCAAGAGGAGAUCCAGGGUUUCAAGGAGAGAGAGGAGCACCAGGACGAGAAGGUCCAGCUGGUCUUCUGGGGCCAGGAGGAGAAAAAGGGAAUUCAGCAUAUAUUUCAGGUGCUAUUAAAGGCCUCCCGGGAGAUCGAGGUGAUCCAGGACCUCCGGGUUUACCGGGACCUCGAGGGGCAAAUGGAUCUGUGGGUGAAAUGGGAUUUCCAGGGAUACCAGGUUCUCGGGGACCUCCAGGGCACCCUGGGAGGCCAGGUGAUCAGGGUAUUCCAGGUAUUGGAGUAAAAGGCCAAGUUGGAGAUCCGGGCGAAGUUGGUCUUCGAGGGUCUCCAGGACCAACCUUACUGGUUGGGCCUCCUGGUUCAUGCCUUGUUAAAGGAGAAAAGGGCAUGAAAGGAAUGCCUGGAGUCAUUGGUCCCUCUGGACCAUAUGGAGCCAAGGGUGAACCUGGCAUUGGGGUAAAGGGUGAAAAGGGUAUUUCUGGAUUUCCAGGACCUCAGGGUGGCCCUGGUUCCCAUGGACUUCCAGGUUUUCCAGGAGUAAAGGGAGAACCUGGAGCAAUUGGUGUCCGUGGGCAGUUUGGACUUCUUGGCACUAAGGGAGAUCCUGGAGAUCGUGGGAAGCCAGGACCACCAGGUGUUUUGGUAACUCCACCUGUUCCAUGCAAAGGACCUCCAGGGGACCCAGGAUUCCCAGGACACUAUGGAGAAAAGGGGUCAGUGGGCCUGCCUGGUCCAUCGGGACCCUCUGGCAGACCAGGGGAAGACAGAGUAGGAAUGACGGGACCCCCUGGGCCUCCAGGGUUGCCAGGUCUUCGAGGCCUUCAAGGUGAAGCUGGAAUUCCUGGAAGAGGUGAUUCUCCUGCAGGAAGACCAGGGACCCCAGGACACCCAGGAAUACCAGGAGUCCCAGGGCAGCCGGGUCGACCUGGAUCAGAUGUCAUACAUUGUAGCAUUGGCCCUCCUGGACCACAAGGAGUGAAAGGUCAAUCAGGACCCCCAGGAAGAAGAGGCACGAAAGGAGAAAAAGGAAAUGAAGGACUGUGCUCAUGUUGCCCAGGUCCCAUGGGCCUUCCAGGUGCUCCAGGGCCACAUGGUCUUCAGGGUAGGAAAGGAGAAGUGGGUCUACCUGGGAGAGUAGGAGAAAAAGGUGACUCAGGCUUUCCUGGUGCUCAAGGAUCCCCAGGACCUCCAGGAAUACCUGGUACCUCGGGGCUAGCUGGUCCUAAAGGAGAAAGGGGUGAUAUGGUUAUAGCAAGGAUCAAAGGAAGAAAAGGAGAAAAGGGGCAUCAUGGGCUUCCUGGAUAUCCAGGGCAGGAAGGGCUUCCUGGUCAGAAUGGACUGUAUGGAGAAAAAGGCGAGCCAGGUCUUCCAGGCAGUUGUGGCGGAGCAAUCCCCGGUGAGGAAGGAUCUCCUGGAGCACCAGGAUCUCCUGGAAGGAUGGGACCAAUGGGGCCUCCAGGCUUGGGAUUUCCUGGCCCAGAAGGGGUGAGAGGUGGGCCAGGGAGCCCUGGCCACCCUGGUGUGAGGGGAGCAGCAGGUUCCAAAGGUCAGAAAGGUGACACCUAUCCUUGUCCUUCCCCCUAUCCAGGGAGCCCUGGUGCUCCAGGUGUUCCUGGUGCUCCAGGUCCUAAGGGAUUCCCAGGUCCCCCAGGUAGAGCUGGGCUACCAGGAUUUGAUGGGUGGAAAGGCCAACGAGGCAAACCAGGAAUAUCAGAAAUACCAGGACCCCCUGGUUUUCGAGGUGACCCUGGAGAGUCAGGUCUUGAAGGUGAAAAGGGGUCGGCCCCUGUUGGUCCUCCAGGCCCUCCAGGGUUACCAGGAAUCAAUGGUCAAAAAGGAAUGCCAGGGGAUUCUGCUUAUGGCCUACCAGGGCUUCCAGGAAAUAUGGGCCCUCCAGGAUUGCCUGGGUUUAAGGGGCUCAGAGGUAAUCCGGGAUUUCCUGGAGCAACAGGAGCAACUGGUGUUCCUGGAUUCCCAGGCAUCAAAGGACUUCCAGGCAGAGAAGGCAAUGUUGGGCCUCCUGGUAACCCAGGUUUACCGGGCCAUGGAUAUCAAGGCUUUCCCGGGUUGCCAGGGCAACCUGGACUCCCUGGGUCACCAGGCAUUCCAGGGUUUGAUGGCCUGAAAGGUCACCAAGGAGAUAGAGGUCCACCUGGACCGGAUGGAAUGAAAGGCCUCCCAGGAGACCCAGGACUUCCAGGCUUACCUGGACCCCCAGGACCACAAGGCGAUCCAGGUCACUGUGGAGAUAAUGGUUCACCAGGUUUCCCAGGCCCAAAAGGAGCCCAAGGUCUUCCCGGUAUCCCAGGCUUUCCAGGACAGCGAGGAAGGAAAGGAGAAAUAGGACUUCCAGGUAGAAAAGGUGACCCAGGAGAAGAGGGUCAUUGCGGCCUUCCAGGAGAGCCAGGAGAGCCGGGCUCUAAAGGAGAAAAAGGCUAUCCAGGAGAUCAAGGGGAUAUUUCUGUAAUUCCAAGAAAGGGGGAAAAAGGUGAACCUGGGCCACCUGGUAGAUAUGGAUUCCCAGGAGAAAAAGGAGAUAAAGGGACUCCUGGAAUACCUGGGAUAAAAGGAAUUCCUGGAAGAGAUGGGCUGCCAGGAUUUGAAAGAGGAGAACCUGGAAACAGUGGUCAUCCGGGACUUCCAGGACCCCCAGGCCUUCCAGGACCUCAAGGGCCCAGAGGAAUAAUUGGUUUCCCAGGCAUUCCAGGGGACCAGGGUGAGCUGGGCUUACCAGGCUUGCCAGGACUUCCAGGACCUCAUGGGGCAAGAGGACCUAAAGGAAAUCAAGGUGAUACAACACGUCUAUCUGGGCCACCUGGACCAAAAGGAGAUCCAGGCAUCCCGGGAUGUCCAGGAUAUUUUGGAGAACAAGGAGAUCCAGGUUUUCCAGGCCCUCCAGGGCCUAGUGGGCCACCAGGAAGGGAAGGAUCCCCUGGAUACCCAGGACCUCCAGGAUUUCCAGGUGCUCCAGGGAUUCCUGGGCUGAAAGGGUAUCCAGGGGAAGGAGGUGACCCAGGGCCUCCAGGGGUCAGGGGAGAUCCAGGACUACCAGGACCCAAGGGAAUGAAAGGUGCCUCGGGACUUCCAGGAUUGGAUGGCUUGCCUGGACUCAAGGGUCAGAAAGGAUCAAAGGGUAGUUCAGGCUUUAAUGAAGUUGGUCCACCAGGCCAAAUGGGACUGCCUGGACUAAAAGGAAAGAAAGGGGAACCUGGAAGACCUGGAGCUUCUUGUCCAGGUCUUUCUGGAGACAGAGGUCCUCUAGGUCCCCCAGGAAGACCAGGAUUGCCUGGACUACCCGGUCCUGUGGGGAAAACUCCUGAAGUUGAAAUUCUUCCCCCUGGUCCUCUGGGAGAUCAAGGUUCCCCUGGCCCCGAUGGACCAAGAGGUUCACCUGGACCACCAGGUCCUCCAUGCAGUUUUGAUCUUCUGAAAGGAGACCCAGGUGAUCAUGGUCAACCAGGUCCACCUGGACCACGAGGUCCACCAGGACUUCCAGGAGCCAAAGGCUUUCCAGGAUGUGAAGGAAAAGAUGGCCAGAAAGGGCCUAUGGGGUACCCUGGGCCUCCAGGCCCACCUGGAUUUCCUGGCCCACCUGGAGACAAAGGUUUGCAAGGACCCCCUGGGAGACCUGGCCCCUCUGGCCCUCCAGGUUGCCGAGGUGAACCUGGCCCACCUGCAGAUACUUCUUCAUGCCCCAAAAUCCCAGGACUUCCAGGAGUUCCAGGCCCAAGAGGACCAGAAGGGAAGAUGGGACACCCAGGGCGACGAGGUCCUCCAGGCUCACCAGGACACAAAGGUGAACGUGGUGUGGAUGGUCAAAGAGGUUUGGAUGGAGGUCCUGGGGCUCCAGGACCACCCGGACACAAAGGAGACCCAGGAGAAAAAGGCUGUGGAGGUACACCAGGUCCCCCUGGCCCGACUGGGGAUCCAGGACCCAAAGGUUCUGGAACUAGAUACCUUAAUGGAUUCCUACUGGUUCUCCACAGUCAGUCAGACAAAGAACCCUCUUGUCCUGAGGGAAUGCCCAAGCUGUGGACUGGAUACAGUCUCUUGUAUCUGGAAGGCCAGGAGAAAGCACAUAACCAAGACCUAGGUCUCGCUGGAUCCUGCCUUCCAAUGUUCAGCACCAUGCCAUUCGCCUACUGCAACAUUAACCAAGUCUGCCAUUAUGCCAGAAGGAAUGACAAAUCCUAUUGGUUGUCAAGCGCUGCUCCUCUACCUGUGAUGCCCCUCUCUGAAGAUGAGAUACAAGCUUACAUCAGCCGGUGCACUGUGUGUGAGGCCCCAGCUCAGGCUAUGGCUGUGCACAGUCAGGAUCAAGCAAUCCCUCCAUGCCCACCCACCUGGAGGAGCCUUUGGAUAGGGUAUUCAUUCCUAAUGCACACAGGGGCUGGGGAUCAAGGAGGAGGCCAGUCUCUCACAUCACCUGGAAGCUGCCUCGAAGAUUUCAGAGCAGCGCCUUUCAUCGAGUGCCAGGGACGGCAGGGGACUUGUCAUUUUUUCGCUAAUGAAUACAGCUUCUGGCUAACCACAGUGCCACCAGACUUGCCGCUCGCCUUGGCUCCUUCGCCAGAAACCUUAAAACAAGGACAGGCACAACGCCGAAAGAUCAGCAGAUGCCAGGUCUGCAUGAAGUAUAGCUAAGUUGCUGCACAGCAUUACCCUGUUG